GUUGAUCUAUCGAAUUAGUGCGCUCACACCCGUCGAACAUCUCCGCCUGUAACUCCAUACGAAGCAGAUAUAAUGGAUCAUCCUCGUCAUUCUGGCCUGCUUCUCAAACCUAAGCUCCAAGUUCCUGUUGGCUCUCUGGACCAGUCAUCCUUGACUACCAGCACCAAAUUCUUCUGUGUCAUAGCCACCACAGUAUUCUUGCAAAAUGGGUAAAAAGGUCCUGGUCGGAUAUGGGGUCGAUGUCGACGCCGUCAGUGGCUGGAUCAACACACAGACUGGCAUCAAGGCGGACGUGACUAACAUUUCGCGUGGUGUCUUCGGCGCCACUGUUGGCGUAGACAGACUACUCAAGCUAUUCAACAAGUACAGCAUCAAAGCAAGCUGGUAUGUUCCGGGGCAUUCAAUCGAGUCAUUCCCUAAACAGAUGGCCAAAGUCAGGGACGCAGGACAUGAAAUCGGACUUCAUGGCUAUACCCACGAAUUCGUGUCUCAAUUAUCCCCCCGGCAAGAGCGGGAGGUCCUGCAGAAAUCUGUGGAUGUCAUCACUUCCUUCACUGGCAAGAAGCCGCGAGGGUGGACUGCUCCCGCUUGGACUCCUUCUCCCAGUACAGUCAAGCUGCUUGAAGAGUUUGGUCUGGAGUAUGACCACUCUUUUAUGCAUCAUGACUCCCAAUUGUACUAUUUGCCUUAUCCACCAGAGUCGUGGAAGGAAACGGACUACAAGACGCUCUCGGCUAACGACUGGAUGAGCCCAAUGUCCACUCUCAAGCCAUCAUCAAUUAUCGAAGUCCCCGCCAAUUGGCAUGUUGACGAUUGGCCGGCUUUCCAGCCAUUACGGGGACAAGGCUCAUCAGGAUUUGUCGACCCGCAUCAGAUUGAAAGGUUUUGGCAGGAACAAUUCGAGUUCUGUUACCGAGAAUACGAUCAUUUCGUGUUUCCAAUUAGCAUUCACCCUCAGGUCAGUGGUAAGCCGCAGAUUCUGAUGAUGCAUGAGCGGUUGAUCGAAUGGAUCAAUCAGCAUGAGGGAGUCGAGUGGUGCACGUUUGAAGACAUGGCCAACAAGUUUAGAAAAGGCGAGAUUCAGGGCGUCCAAGUCGAGGCAGGUGUCGACUUCUGAUCCGGGAAGUGGCGAGAUCCCUGCCUCCCAAGGACAGCUUGCGCCGUCUUUCAUGGAAACAGUGCAUGAGGGUUAGGCACGAUGAGGAAUUUUUUCGUUCCUUUGGCCUGAAAGCACGACGAAGAAAGUUGUUGCAGAUUGUUGGGACACAUGCCACAAGGACAAGACAUGCAUUGAGAAAAAGGCAUAACUAAUGUCUAGUGAGGAUGGGUUUAGACAAUAUGCACUCCAUGCGCAUCUCUACCUAUUCAGGUAGACCGCACUUGUACCUGGCGUCGAACAUGCAUUCAAUAGUGCGUCCCCGUCUGCUGUGGCUGCCUUCCACCAUUUCCAUCCGGAGUCCC